AUGACGUUGCAAUGUUCUGGCUCUGUUUGGGCCAUCGAUGAUUUUUCUCAUUGCUUCCAGCGCAAAUAUCUGGAAUUCCUCUUUCCACUAACAGUAUGCGGACUUUCCCUCCUGUUCAUCGUGCUUCGCAUCUCGUACCGUUACGUUAUUUCUCGAAAUGGAGUUUCCUACAAGGUUUUGGUGGAUAAUGAAAUGGAAAGUGAUGUGCGCAAUGAUCCUGCUGAACCGGAGGAGUCGGAUCCCAUGCUUUCCAAAGCAAUGCAGGCCGAACAACCUCAUUUCGAAGUAGACCGACCCCGAGGUGAACUCACCCUUCUCGUACUUGAGAUAGCUGCGCUGGCAGGAGAAGUGGCCGUAUUCGCUACCAUUUUGUGUACGGGUGUGUGGGGUCGUCAUGGCACCCUUCCUGCUGUGGGCAAGCUGGUCUCUUGGGGAUAUAUCUUGUUUCUGGCCUUGGUUAGGUUGCUUCUUUCAGUUCUGGAUCUUCAUUCGCUCCCCAGGCUUUGGAAUCAUACUGCUGCCUUGUAUGGAUUUCAGUGGCUUUUCGCUGUUGGUACUUUCCGAUCGGCGAUUAUUUACCCACUAUCGAAGCGUGCUCUUAUCUUUAGCAUUGUUGAAUUUACCUUGUCUACUUUGCUGUUGAUAAUCGCCAUUACCACUCGCAGAGGAAACAAAGCGGUGUUGCUCGAACGCGAAGAGGGCCUGGAACCCCCAAAGGACCAGACUGCCAGUCUGUUUUCCCUGGCCACCUUUUCUUGGUUAGACCCUCUCAUCCUCAAGGGCUACAGACAGCCCUUGGAAGCCGAGGAUGUUUGGAAUGUGACCACUUCUCAUAAAGCUUCCAAUGUCAUAAAUGAUUUCCGUCGAAGUCAGCCAAAGGGCACUUUGUUGUGGAAGCUUACAAAGUAUUUUUGUGGUCCAAUCUUGCUGCAGGGUGCAUGGACUGCUUUCUCCAAUCUUUUCACAUUCAUACCGACACUCCUUAUCAGAGCAAUCCUGCAGUUCGUGGAAGAUCCAAGGUCGACCACGCCAAACGCUGCUUGGCUCUUUGCCAUCUUGCUCGUUUGUUCGGGCGUAAUUCAAGGAACUGCUGAUGGACAGGCCCUUUGGAUUGGCCGAAAGGUUGGCGUCAAACUUCGAGCUAUUAUCAUCGGUGAGAUUUACGCCAAGGCAUUGAGACGCAAGGCCGGUUCGUUUGUUGAAUCUACUGGAGAGAAGACUGAGGACUCGACCAAAAAGGACAAGACGAAGAAGGGUCUGUUCUCUUUUGGUCGUAACAACAAGGCGGCAGCCAAGGCGGGUAACGAUUCUGGAAACAAAAAUGAUCCCGAGGAAACCGAGCCAGCCCAAGCUAACAUCGGAAACAUCAUCAAUUUGAUGGCGAUUGACUCCUUCAAGGUCAGUGAAGUGGGCGCCUACCUUCAUUUCCUGUGGGUCAGUGUGCCAGUGAACGUCAUCAUCGCUGUCACACUCUUGUAUCGGAUUCUCGGAUUUAGCUCGUUCGCUGGUAUCGCUUUGAUGGUUUUGAUGCUGCCCGUGAACCUUUUGAUCGCCAAACAGUUCACCUCUGUGCAGAAUCGCAUUCUAAAAUGCACUGACGCUCGAAUUCAUGCUACAAAUGAAAUCCUUCAAAACAUUCGGAUCAUCAAGUACUUUGCCUGGGAAGCGCGAUUCGAAGACAUCGUGAAUGAGAAACGAAGAGAAGAAUUAAAGGCCUUGCGUUUCCGUUACGUCAUUUGGUCUAGUGCUGCAACAAUUUGGUAUGGAACGCCGAUUCUCAUCACCUUCACUUCCUUCUUUCUCUAUACGAUCGUCGAGAAGAAGCCCCUGACUCCAUCUGUUGCAUUCCCUGCGCUGUCUAUGUUUUCGUUGCUGCGGGUUCCUCUUGACCAGCUAGCGGACAUGGUUGCUCACGUCCAGGAAUCUAAGGUCUCCCUGGAUCGAGUACAGAAAUACCUGGAUGAGGAGGAGACGGGCAAGUACACCCAGCUCAGCGAUAGCAUCGACUCUGAAGAACCUCCCAGGAUCGGUCUGGACAAAGCUACGCUCACUUGGGGUAUCUCGAAACGACGUAACCAGGAUGAUGUCUCUGAUGAUAGCACAGGAGGCUUCCGUUUGAUAAACAUGGACUUGUCAUUCCGUAUUGGAAAGCUCAAUAUCAUUGCUGGAUCAACAGGAUCUGGUAAGACAUCACUUCUGAUGGCACUAUUGGGAGAGAUGGAGCUGUUGGAAGGCAGAGUUCACCUGCCUGGUGGAUCGGCCAACCGAGUCGAACUCCCCGUUGAUCCCCAGACCGGUCUCAUCAACAGUGUGGCUUAUUGCGCGCAGGAGGCAUGGCUUCUCAAUGCUACCGUCCAGGAAAAUAUCGUCUUCGCUUCUCCCUUUGACCAACGUCGCUACAGGGCCGUGAUCAAGGCAUGUGCUUUGGAACGUGAUCUUGCCAUUCUCGAUGCGGGCGAUCGGACACUCGUUGGCGAGAAGGGCAUCAGUCUUUCCGGUGGCCAGAAACAGAGAAUAUCACUUGCCCGCGCCGUUUAUAGCAAAGCCCAACAUCUGCUGCUCGACGAUUGUCUUAGUGCUGUUGAUUCGCACACUGCAAAGCACAUUUUCCGAGAGGCGCUCACCGGGCCUUUGAUGAUGAACAGAACUUGUAUCCUUGUUACUCAUAAUAUUGCUCUGACAGUACCACAAGCGGAAUACGUUGUUGUCCUCGACAAUGGCAAAAUUGCAUCACAAGGCCAUCCGGAUGCCGUCGCUGCUUCAGGUGUUUUGGGUGAACAGUUGUUCAAAUCACGGCCGACUUCUAGAGCAAGCUCUCAACGCCGUAUGCAAUCCGACCUGGGGGAUGAGCAUGUGGAUGAGGAGCCACAUGCCAAUGGCUCCACUGGGAAGGAUCAAACAGAAGAGCCUGUCAAGACCAAAUUAGCAGAGUCGAAAGGCGUUGGCAGCAUCAAAGCAGCCACUAUCAAGAUGUACCUCCUCUCCAUGGGUCCGUGGUAUUAUUGGAUUGCAGCUGUAAUCGUUUUCUGCUUGCAGCAACUCGGUUCUGUGUCAACCAAUGUUUGGAUUAGACAAUGGGCGAACGCUUACAAUACCGAAAAGAUCAACACAGAUGAUGCUGGCAUGUACGCUGCUAUGUCGAAUCUCAAACUUCCAUCCUCGAACGUUGGUGCUGUUUCGCGGACAUCCACCCUGAACGCCCAUCAACUCGAUACGCAUUCUGCCGUUGACCCUCAUGCCGAUGUCCCCGUCUCCUACUACCUUGGAGUUUACGCAUUACUUGGAGGUCUCUUCGUCUUGAUUUCCCUGCUAAGAGAAGCUGUUCUUUUCUGGGGCUCUCUUCAUGCUUCUUUCAAGAUACAUAAGCGACUCUUGAAAAAUAUCAUGCACGCCAAAUUCAGAUUUUUCGACUCGACUCCGUUGGGUCAACUUAUGAAUAGAUUUUCGAAAGACGUUGAAGCUGUUGAUCAAGAAGUUGCCCCGGAGGCUAUUGGCAUGCUUCACAGUCUUGGGUCCGUCAUCAUGGUAGUGAUCCUUAUAUCCAUAAUCACUCCGCAAUUUUUGUUCGCCGCCGUUUUCAUUACCAUAGUGUACUCUGCUCUAGGUGCUAUCUACUUGAAUGCAUCUCGCGAUCUUAAGAGGCUGGAGUCUAUUGGGAGGAGCCCUCUGUACCAGCAAUUCGGCGAGACGCUGAAUGGUAUUGUGACUAUCCGUGCCUUUGGUGACGGCCCGCGGUUUAUUAUCGACAACCAUCGCCGCAUCAACUCCUAUAACAGACCGCACAUUUACCUCUGGGCCAGUAACCGUUGGCUCGCACUCCGCAUCGAUUACACGGGUGCUUUGGUUUCUUUCUUCGCAGCUGCUUUUGUGCUCCUUAACAUUGGAAAAAUUGACGCUGGUGCUGCUGGUCUUUCGUUGACUUAUGCGGUCACUUUCAAUGAGAACGUUCUCUGGCUUGUCCGACUUUAUGGCUCAGUCCAACAAAGCAUGAACUCUGUUGAGAGAGUGAGCGAGUACCUGGAGGUUGAGCAGGAAGCCAAUGCAGUCAUUCCCGAGUCGAGACCCGCAGCAGACUGGCCUAACAAAGGUGCGGUUGAAUUUGUCGACUACACCACCCGUUACAGGCCUGAUCUCGGUCCUGUCUUGAAGAAUGUCUCUUUCUCUGUACAGCCGGGUGAGAAGGUCGGCAUUGUUGGUCGUACGGGCGCCGGUAAAAGUUCUCUUGCACUUGCGCUCUUCCGUGGACUGGAGGCGGAAACAGGAAAGGUCAUAAUCGAUGAUGUGCCAAUUGGAGCUAUCGGACUGCGCGACCUACGAGAGAAGAUCACCAUUGUUCCUCAGGAUCCUACGCUUUUUACGGGAACCAUCAGAAGUAACCUUGAUCCCUUUGACCUAUUCACCGAUGAGGAGAUUUUCACAGCUCUGCGUCGGGUGCAUUUGAUAGGCGCUGGUACAUCUGGAACAAACACGCCUGUGACAACUACUACCUUUUCUGCCACCGAGCCAUCUAACGGCGUCAAUGGAAAUGUCAUCACUGUUGCAGACAACAAGAACGUCUUCCGUAACCUGGACACAGCGAUAUCCGAGUCUGGCUCUAACCUUUCACAGGGUCAGCGCCAACUGCUCUGUUUGGCACGUGCUCUCCUCAAGAACCCUAGGGUUCUGAUGAUGGACGAAGCUACAGCCUCCAUCGACUACUCGACUGACUCCAAGAUUCAAGAGACACUACGAGAGUUGCGGGAUAACACAAUCAUCACUAUUGCACACCGCCUGCAAACGAUUAUCGACUAUGACAAGGUCCUGGUUCUCGACCAUGGCCGAGUCAUUGAGUACGACCACCCUUGGACACUGAUCAACAAGGAAGAUGGUCUCUUCCGGGGCAUGUGUGAGAACAGCGGUAACAUGGAUGGCCUUCUCGACGGAGCCAAGAAGGCAUGGGACCAAAAGCGUCUUGUUGAUGAUUCAUAG